GAGUCACUUUCGUCACUGUUUUUUUAUCACUGAACCUGAACCGCUUUUCAAUCACUGAUUGAAUCGGUGUCGCUGUCUAACCUCGGUGCAGACGUAGUGUUUGCUAAUUAGUCUAGCAUGCAAAAGUAGGAAACCCACCGAAGCACGUGCUUUCUAUACACCUUUCUCUUUCUCUCGGUAGCUAGCCAUCUCUAUCGGGAAUUACAAACUCUAGUAAAGCGAUGCCAGGGCAUUUGAUCUGUUAGAACCGAGAUGGUAAAUGCGUUUAGAAGCUCGAACGAACAACACAAGAGACGCCAGCAGCAUGAACCUGAUAGCCAAGUUUUUGACGCUUCUCCUGAUGCUGGAAGCUGUGUCAGCCCUGGAGGCAAAUCUCACAGCCUGGCGGCAUCACAAGAGACAGAAAAGAUUCUUGAUUUAUCAAAAUGGAGGCGUAGUAAAGUUUGUUGGAGGUUGUGCCUUUCCUGUGCCCUUUAUGGAGAAAAAAGUCUGGCGCCAAUUGGUCUGGUUGAUGAAUUUCCAUUACCAGUUCAACGAACCUCAAACCCCAAUCUAUUGGUGGAACUUGUGGAGUAGCUCUCGUGACCUAAAGGGCUCUGAGAUCCCAGCAGCUACUCCUAGUCCUCAAAUACCAGAACGCCUUCUGGUGGAUGAACCGCAACUAAUGCUCUUCAAGCUGGCCGAGGGCUAUAUGAAUCAGAUUGGACAGAAUGGAGAGGCCUGUCUGGAACGUUUGAUCUGUGAAAAUGGUCAAGUGCAUGAGCACUUGGGUCUCUAUGCUCAAAUCUUACACAGACUGUUAAGACCCCAUCGUACAUUGGAUAGCCGAUACCUGGAUGCUUAUAGAAUGGGUCUUCACGGCGUCAACUGCCGGAAGGCCUUUCCUAAGGCCCACCACUGCCUUCUGGAUGAUUAUAUCCACCUCCAUGAGAGAGGACCCACACAGAGCUACCUUGGCUAA